AUGGACAAUAGCUUGAAAUUGGUAGUUGUUGGUGAUGGCGCCGUCGGAAAGAGUUGUCUUUUGAUUGCCUCCACCACAAAUUCAUUUCCCGAAGAUUAUGUUCCAACAGUUUUUGACAAUUACAGUGCUAAUGUGACAUAUGGAAAUAGAAAUUAUAAUGUUGGAUUGUGGGAUACUGCUGGUCAAGAAGAUUAUGACAGAUUGAGACCUCUUUCAUAUCCAGGAACUGAUGUCUUCUUUGUUUGUUUUUCAAUGGUCAAUCGAGCUUCAUUUGCAAAUGUCAAAUCAAAAUGGAUUCCAGAAUUGAUUCAUCACUGUCCUGAUAUUCCAAUCAUAUUGGUUGGGUGUAAGAGUGAUCUUGUCUCUGAUGCGGAUCGUGACUCAAUAAUCACUCAGGAAAUGAUUGAGCAAAUGGUACAGAACUCACCUGCUUCAGGAUCCAUUGUUACAAGCUCUAGAACCAUGUACAAUAUUGAUAAACUCUUCAAUUUGGCAAUUUCACAAGCAAUUGACGAGUCCAAAUCUUCAAAAAAAGGAAGAAAGAAGGUAGUGAUUGGAAACUCUGAAGAUAUUGAACCAACUCCUCCUGUAAUGCCUCCAGCUGGUAAAGCUCCUUGGAUUUAUGUGGAAAGCUCAAAUUAUGGCAAGGGUUUUAAAAACCUUCUGGAUAGUGAUUUUUGCUGUGAUACCAAGUUUGUUAUUUACAAUUCCACUAAGGACAUUGAUGUGGAAAUUAAGGCCCAUUCAUUGGUGUUGGCUUGUGUUCCCUCCAAAGUUAUUAGAAAAUUAUUCGAUGACGUAUUGGUGUGUAGAGAUGCUGGAAUGAAUAGCUAUUCACAUGAAGCAUUUGAAAAAUUGAGUGCCAAAAUUAAUGGAGGUAGAGUGAGUGGUUUCUCAUCUGUCUCUAUUGAUGAGAAUGAGCCGAAUAUAUUGAAAUUCAGACUCUCCAACACUAUUCAUCAUAGGGCUUUCAAAUCCCUAUUGGAAAUCCAAUAUUAUGGAGGAUCGGAAACUAUGCUGGAAAGGUGUAAAAAAGAUCAAUUUCUCAAUAAGGUCAAGAUUGCAUCUACCAUCUUUGAAUGUGAAUACACUGACAAUAUAGUCAGUAAUUACCAGAGAGGAGAGGAAGAUGUGUUCAAUGAAAGUAUUGAAACCUAUCUUAAUGAUCUAUUGGGUAGUGAAAUUAAGAAAAAGUACUUUGAUAAGAAAACUCACUCCGAUGUCGAAAUUGUCUUUUCCACAACUGAUUCUUCCAAGAAUUUUCAGGGACACAAACUAUUCCUCUCUGCUAAUUGUGAUGUAUUCAGAACAAUGUUUGAGGGCAAUUUCGUAGAGCACUCAUCAAGGCAAGUAGAUUUGAGUGGUGAAAUUGGUGAGAAUGAGAAUAGAAUAAGUGAAUUCCACGCCCUAUUCGAAUAUCUGUACUCUGCUCACUCUACCAUCAAUGAAAGAAAUGCUGUUGGAUUGUUGAGCUUGGCCAACGAAUAUGGCAUGUCUGGAUUGACCUCAAUGUGUGAAAUUUUCAUCUCGAAAAAUAUUGACAAAUCAGUUGCUCAAGGAAUUGAAAAAGCUGACAUUGACAUUAUAGGUCUACUAUUACUAGCUCAAACUUAUGAAGCCAAUCAAUUGGCCAACUUUUGUCUCCAUUUCAUCUCUACAAAUUAUGGUCCAAUGAAAGCAAGAAGGGAAUGGGAACUUUUGACAGGUGAAAAUCUGAAACAUGUUACUGAAAACAAAUGGCCACCAGAUUCAUACUUUAAACAAGUUGAGGAAUAUGAAAAAAAGAUGGAAAAAUAUAGAAAGAGAUUGAAGAAGAAGCAAUCAAAGAGUGGUGGUGCUGAUGAAGAUUCACAAUUUGAUUCGGAAAUUGAUGAUGAAAAGAAGAAAUGUUUCAUUCAAUAA